GCGACAUUGGUCACAACAUAACGUUAAACUUACCGAACGAUACCUAUAAUCCGAUGCAUAUGCAAUCAAUUAAUCGAAAAGGGGAAGAGGUUGCAUACCUGGUGCCAGGAUAUCAUAGUAUACCCAGCUGCUUCGCCCACAAGGUACUGUAUCGUCGUACCACUUGGCAACCUAAGCCUCUGUGGUUUCAAAGUCCGAAGCUAUAGGUACCAUGCAUACGGCCCGCAGCAUGUAUACUUCACGAGGCAGCCAAUGCAUAAGUGAGUAUAAGAAGAUGAGGUAUUCUCAUAUUCUCAAUCCACAGACUCGGUUCAAUUUCAACGCUCCCAAUCCUGCAAGUCGUUAGUAUUUUAUCCAACAUGCAUUUUAACCAUGGCUCGCCGCUCAACUCUCCACAACGCUUAUCAGACUCCCAGAAAUGGGACCCGGAUAUCGUCCUAGGUGAUAUCGAUGGUGGCUGCUGUAUCGGCUUCGCAAAAACGCGUGGCCGGAGGUGCCAGAGAUAUAUUGCCCACCACAAGACCUCAUAUGGAUAUGGUAUCCUCAAUAGGCUGGCGCGUGGUAGCCCCUCCGAAGCAGCGGAAUCGCCGGAACUUCACGAUGCUGCAGAGAUCAUGCUGUGUUGGCAACAUGACAGCCAAAUAUCAGACAUACUUAGGCGAUGGAAACGAAAGCUUGAGAGCUGGGCUGAUGACAUUGAGUCUAAGGAUAAAUCCCGCGUCAAGACAGAAGAAUCCGAAGACCUUCUCCGUGAACUAUUACGAGGAAUUGCAGUCCUAGAUCAAAACUAUAAGGAUCCUCGACACCGAAGUAGACAAAAUAUUAAGCGAGAAGAGGAUGAACGUCUAGCCGAAGAGAAGAAGCGUAGGGAUCAGGAGAAGGCAAGGCAGAGGAAGGAAGAGGAGAAAGCAAGACAGAGAAAGGAAGAGGAAGCGAAACAAAAAAAGAAGGAAGAAGAGGAGAAGGCUCGAAUAGCGGCAUUCCGCGUGCGAGUACGGCUUGCAAAGGAGUGGAGAGAACAAGAAGCCCGAAAAAAGGCGGAAAAGGAAGCAGAACUGUGGCGCACUGCUUGGGAACGGUAUUCCAACGCAUGGAGUAAGCCCGCUAAUGUCUCGGUAACGAACAUCCCGUGGCCUGUUAAAUCAGGGUUGCAGUCAGACGUCAACGAAGCCAAUGUGAAGUUGUUCUUCGCGAAAGCGCCGCCAGCGGCCUUGGUAGAUUCAGGUGACAAGCGUUUUAAGCUUAUCAACAAGGAAAAUCUGAGAUGGCACACGGACAAAGUAAUGCAACGGUUUGGCUCAGACGUUGUGAAGGGUGAUGCAAAAGCUCCGUUGGGUGUUGUCGCAAAAGUUGUCAUUGAGUUGAGACAAGAGGCUCGAAAUAGGAGGUAGGUAAGGGAGCCGAGACAUACCAGCAUGAUGGCUUUCCCGAGGUCCUGCGAUUAGGACAUGUCUAUAUGAGGACAUACGCGUGUAUUAUUAGUGACAUUUUGAUACCCUCAUUUAAUUUGUUUGCUUGGAGCGCGGCGCAGAGCUCAAAUUGAUCAGGAGAGUUUAACAGAGCUCAACAAACGACUCCUUACUGACCUCGUAUCAUGGGCCUCAUAGCCUCAUAACUAUAUGACCCCAACAGGUAGAUACCUACCUAUGGAUUAUGUUGUUUGCUAGAGCUACCCGCGGGAUUGCUUAUAAGUUUGUAGAUGUGAAGGUUUGUAGUUCGAGUUAGAAAGUCAGGGAAUAACGAUAUUAAGCGAUAUCAAGCGAUAUCACUUAAUCCGCAAGCAGAUAAAUGCAUAUUCUAUUAAACACUGCUUUAUGCACAUAUACUAGUAUUUAUU